CGUUUGUCGAAAGUCUCUCUCAGAAAUCGAAAAAAUUUUGAAGCGAACGGUCGUGCCGCGCUGCUGCGUUCGAAAUUAUUGAAAAAAUCAUACAUUUACGUCGCGUCGGGUAAAAAGCCGGCAAAAAUAUUAUGAGUUGAAUGUGGCAGCUAAAACGUUUUGUGCCGACGCGAUUUGCGAAAAAUAAAUUAAAUCUCGCGGCAUGAGGAUCUAAGGAAUAAAUCAGUGUGUUGUACUAAUGCAGCAAAUUCUUGGAUCGCAAAACGUUUCCAAAAAAGUAAACAAAUAAAAUGCUUGUUUCAAUGGAAACUGAAUAAAAAAGUUACCUGUUUUGUGAUUUCCUUGCCACCCCCGGUUCACGAGUGUGUUUGUGUGUGUGCGUGCCCAUCUGUGUGAGUGUUGUGUUAUUGUGUAAAAGAAAAACAACGGAAGGCUGAACGACAACAACAACAAAUAGAGCAGUGUGUUCGUAAAGAGCGGCCAGCGGCAAAAUGCCGGCGACAGCGAAUUCGUGGGUGUUUUUGCUGUUGUUGUUGGUCGCCGUGGAAAGAUGCAGCAGCAACAGCCGCGGGCGCAUCAAUAGUCGCAGCAGCAUCAGGAAAAGCCACUGGCAGGAGCAACAGGAGUCCCCCACUUUGCGUCCCCUGCCCGAAAAAGGUCCCUGUCCAGCCUCGUACUUCACAUGCAACGAUGGAUUCUGCAUACCGAUGCGAUGGAAAUGCGACUCCAAGGCCGAUUGUCCGGAUAUGUCCGACGAGGGCAGCGAGUGCGCCGAGGCGCCCAAGUGCAACGAGGGGCAGUUUCGGUGCGGGGUGAGCCGCCACUGCAUCCCGGACAAUUGGCUCUGCGACGGGGAGUUCGACUGCGGCAAGGGCGACACAUCCGACGAACUGAACUGUCCGAAUGGCGAUACGCCCAAGUGCCGCGCCUUCGAGGGCCGAUGUCGCAACGGCGACUGCCUCGAGUUGUCCCGCUUCUGCGAUGGCCGCUGGGACUGUGAUAACGAUGAGCUGCAAUGUGAUAAGCAGAACGCUGCCUGUGCGGCGCUGAACUGCAGCUACAACUGCAAGUUGACCCCGCGGGGGGCACGCUGCUACUGCCCCAAGGGUCAGGUGCCGGAGUCGGCGAACUCCACCCGCUGCGUGGACUACGACGAGUGCUCCGAGCCGGGCACCUGCGACCAGCUGUGCCGCAAUACGCCGGGCUCCUACGAGUGCUCCUGCGUCUCUGGCUACACGAAGACCAAGGGAAGGCGCUGCCGGGCCAUCAAUGUGCCACCAACGGAGUCGGCCACGCUGGCCUUCCUUUCGCAGGACGGCGGCAUUCGACGCAUCGGAACCAAUGGCGAAGUCAUCGGUGCCGCGGGAGUAAAGGACACUGAUAAAGUUACGGAUAAGGAUGGCGCCGGCUCCGAGGAGCAACUGCUGACCACGAAAUCCUUGCGAACCGUCGAAGCCUUCGAGGUGUGGCAUCGGAAUCGAUCCCUCUGCGCCCUCCAGAACAGCUGGCAGGACGUCCACAUGCAGUGCCAACGCAUCGAUGACGCUCAGGUCAACUGGACGCUGCCCUUCUCCUCGUUCGUUCCCACGCGGCAAUUAUUUUCGGAGCUCCGCCUGGACUGGCUGGCGGGUAAUUGGUAUUUGCUGAACAACGAGAACGCGCUGGUCUAUCUGUGCACCAAUGCGAUGACCUACUGCCGCGUGAUUCUGCAUCCGAUCGACCACGUGUCCUCCUUGGUGCUGGACCCCACAAAGGGGUUUCUCUUCUACACGGACUACUGGACGCCCAGUUUGUCGCGUUCACUGCUCGACGGCAGCAAUCGCACUGUUUUGGUCACUGACCAAGUUUAUCAUCCGAGCAGCGUCACCUUGGACCUGGCGAAUGAGUUGGUGUACUGGAUUGACAUCUACAAGGAUGUGGUGGAGCGGGUCAACUACGCGGGACAGAACCGGUGGACCCUCAAAAGGAAUGCAGAUUCCCCGGUGCCAUUGAAGAGCAUCCACGAUGUGGAGGUCUUUGAGAAUUCAAUUUACCUGUCAGCCAGGAUGGACAAGGCCAACGGCAUUGUGGCGCUCGAUAAAUUCACGCUGAAGGCCCGCGUCCUCCUCUCGAAUAUGAGCCGCGGAGCCAAUUUAAGGAUUUUCCACCGGCAAAAGCAGCCGGAGGUGGCUCAUCCCUGUAGGGAUAACAACGCCGGCUGCAAUCAGAUCUGUGUGCCCCAGUGGACGAAGGGAUUCGCCAGUGCCAAGUGCCUGUGCACCGCAGGCUAUAAGCUGCACAACCAGACGACCUGUCUGCUCUCCGCCUUGGAUAAGUUCCUGGUGUUCAGCGACAACCGGCUGGCCAGGAUCAGCGGCGUUCCCCUGGACACCGAGCAAGUGCAGCAGUUGGUGCAGAUCGGCGAACAGCCGGAUGUGAUGGUGCCCGUAUACAACGCAUCCGGGGCGGUGGCCAUCGAUGUGAACGUUCGCGGCAAGUCGGUGUUCUAUGUGGUUCCCGACUUGGGAGUCGCGGAUCACGAGGAGUUGAGGGAACCCUCGUACAGCAUCCGGAGCCAGUCGCUCAACGGCAGUGUCUCCCGUCUCCUGGUCAGCGGACUGGACAUGGUGCACGCCAUGGCAUUCGACUGGAUCAACGAUCAUCUCUACUGGUCCGGACACAAGAGCAUAAAGGUGGCUCCGCUGCGGAACUUGAGCAAGGUCUUAACCUUCAGCACCGAUUGUGAUGCUAUCUCCCUGGAACUGGAUCCCACGACUGGUCUGCUCUACUGGACGCAGUGGGAGUCGCAAUCCUGCGAAGCGGGCAUCUACAGCGCCUGGAUGGACGGCACCCACAAGGAGCUGCUGGCCAAGAGCACCAGUGCGAUGCGGAUGAAGUGGCCGCGCAGCCUGGACGUGGACCGUCGCACCAAGGAGCUGUACUGGUGCGACAUCCAACUGUCCACCAUCGAGCACAUGAGACUGGACGGCACCGGGCGGGAGGUGAUCUUCAAGUCGGACUUCUUCCAUCCGUACUCGAUGGUGCAGAACAACGGACUGAUCUACUGGGCGGACAACAAGAACUCCACCAUUUGGCGCUUCCACGCACACCAAGCGAAUCUCUCUAGCACCUUUAGUUCCACAGUGCAUCUCCAGAGGGCUGGGCACUCGGCUGACCUGCGGAUCUUCGACGUGGCCACCCAGCCGAUGCCGCAGACACCCAGUGCUUGUGCGCAGUCAAAGUGCCCGGGGAUGUGCCUGAACACGCCCAAGGGAGCCAUCUGCCGCUGUCCCGACGGGUUCACCCUGAACGGCACCGGGAGCCACUGCAUCCCCCAGCUGGCUCCGUCGCCCGUUCGGCCCAACUGCACCUCGGGAUUCAUCUGCCGCAGCACGCGGGUGUGCAUCGAGGGCAAGGACAUGUGCGACGGCUUCGAGGACUGCGAGGACGGCACCGACGAGAGCUCCGAUCCGAGGGGUCCCUGCCACCCGAGCACCUGUGACAAGACCCGCAACUUCGUAUGCAACGGCCGCUGCUACCAGAGAUCGCUGCUGUGCAGCCACAUCGCCUACUGCUCGGACGGAACGGACCAGGCCAACUGCGAGCAGAACACCUGCAACAGCAACGAGUUCACCUGCCUGAAGAGCGGCCGCUGCAUCCAGAUGACCUGGGUGAACGACGGAGUGGUCGACUGUGGCCCCGACGACGAUUCCGACGAGCUGUCCGAGGUCUUCUUCGCCAGCAAGUGCCCGGAGUUCGACUGCAACAAUGGGCGGUGUCGCCAGUUCGCAGAUGUCUGCGACGGCAUCGAUAACUGCGGAAACAAUGCCGAUGAAACGGGAUGCGAUCAGGAGUGUGGACACGGCGAGAAGUACUGCCGCCCCAUUGGAUGCUACGGCGAGAUGCACAUGUGCGACGGAAUUCACGACUGCGAGGACUUCAGCGACGAGGCCAACUGCAACCAGACCAAGAGCGACAACCACCCAGUGAGUGGGUGGAAGGAGCUGGGCGAGUGCGCCCCGCUGGAGUUCGCCUGCCUGGAUCCGUUCGAGUGCAUCCCGGACUUCCUGCGCUGCGACGGCAUCCCGCACUGCUUCGACAAGACGGACGAGCUGAACUGCACGCAGAUCAAUGCCACCCGCUUCGACAUGAACGAGACGGUGAUCUGCGAGCACCCGGACCGACUGUGCGGCUUCUCCAAGCAGUGCGUCACGGUGGACCAGCUGUGCGACGGCAAGAACGACUGCGAGGACACCACGGACGAGGGCUUCCUCUGCGCGGACAAGCUGUGCGAACGCGGGCACGAGUGCUCCCACCGGUGUCACAACACCCCGGAGGGCUACAUCUGCUCCUGCCCGGACCACUUGUACCUGCAGCCGAACGGCAAGCGCUGCAGCAUGCAGCACGCCUGCGACCACUGGGACACCUGCUCGCAGGUGUGCGAGACCAGCGGCAAGAGCUACGACUGCCGCUGCCUCGAUGGAUUCGACCUGGGCUUCGAUCGGUUCACCUGCAAGAGCACCGCUCCGGACGAGCCGUACGUGAUCUUCACCAACAAGCAGGACAUCAAGGGGGUCAACCUGAAGACCCUGAACGUGGCCAACUUCUACACCUCGCUGAGGAACAUCAUUGCCCUGGACUUCCUCUACAACAACGAGUCCAACGUGGAGAUCUUCUGGACGGACGUGAUCGACGACAAGAUCUACAGGGGUCAGCUGGUGGGCGAGAGUCUGCGGAAUGUGGAGGCCAUCAUCCACUCGGGACUGUCCACCACCGAGGGACUGGCCGUGGACUGGGUGGGCAAGAACCUCUACUGGAUCGACUCGAAUCUCGACCAGAUCGAGGUGGCCAAGCUGAACGGCAGCUUCCGGCGCACACUGAUCGCCGGCAACAUGGAGAGCCCGCGCGCCAUUGCCUUGGAUCCCAGAGAGGGUCUCCUCUUCUGGACGGACUGGGAUGACAACUCGCCGAGGAUCGAGCGGGCCAGCAUGUCGGGCGAUGGAAGGCGCAUGAUCUCCACCAGCUGGCAGCUGAGUGCCGGAUGGCCAAAUGGAUUGACGCUGGACUACACGCAGAAGAGGGUGUACUGGGUGGACGCCAAGUCGGACUCCAUCAGCAGCACCAUGUACGACGGAUCUGAGCACCAUGUGGUGCUGCGCAACAAGGAGAUACUCUCGCAUCCGUUCGCCAUUUCCGUGUUCGAGAACUAUGUGUACUGGACGGAUUGGCGGACCACGUCCGUCAUUCGCGCCAACAAGUGGAAUGGCAGCGAUGUCCAGGUGCUGCAGCGCACCCAAUCCCAGCCCUUCGGCAUCCAGGUGAUGCACUCCAGCCGACAGCCGUGGGAUCGGAAUCCCUGCGGCGAGAACAACGGCGGCUGCUCGCAUCUCUGUCUCCUGAGUGGCAGGGGAACCUUCAAGUGCGAGUGCCCGCACGUGAUGCGUCUGGAUCCCAGUGACGAACGGAACUGCGUACCCAACGAGCAGGUCCUCCUCUUCGUCAUGGUGGACGAGAUCCGGGGCAUUGACUUGCAUCAGCCCAAUCACCACACCAUUCCAACCAUCAGGCAGUCUCCAAGGUUGGUGGCUCCACAACGCAUUGAUUUCCUGGUGGACGAGAGUCGCAUUUUCUGGUCGGACAUUCAACAGAACGAGAUCUCAAGCGCCGGCAUUUCGAACGGACUAAUCGAACCCAUUAUCAAUACGAACAUUGAGAAACCUUAUGGCUUUGCCCUCGACUGGGUGGCCCGAAACUUGUACUUCUCCUCGGGUCAAAUCAAGUGCAAUAUUCUGGCGAGCAAUCUCAAGGGCGAGUUCGUGGCCACCAUUCACGAGGACCUCAACAUGGUGGACAGCAUUGCCCUGGACCCGGCUAAUGGAAAAAUGUAUUGGAUACACUCCGCCUCCGAUGGAAGCAUCUCCCAGUUGGAGCAAUCCAAUCUAGAUGGUUCAGGCAGAUUGUUAAUCUACGAGCACGAGAACAAUCUCCAGAGCUUGGCCAUGGACUUUGACUCGCAGCGGUUGUACUAUGCGUACGACAGCUCGGGAAUCGCCUAUUACGACAUUCCAAGAAACGAGACGCACAAGGUCCUGGUGGCCAGUCAGAUCACCUCGAUCAGUUCGCUGACUGUCUACAACGGAACGCUGUACUUCCCGGAGAAUAUCCAGAAUGUGAUCAUGCAAUGCGAGAAGGAAGCCUGCUCCAACAUGUCCUACCUGAGAGUUAAUACAAAGAGCAUUCAGAGCAUGAAAAUGUUCUAUGCGGAUGCCCAAAUGGGAUCGAACACCUGUGCCAAGUGGGCCCUUCGCGGUGGCUGCGACCACCUCUGCCUGGCCACCUCGUCCACGGAGCACGUGUGCCGCUGUGCGCUUGGCUACGAUGUGGAGCCCAACAAUCCAACCGGCUGUGUUCCGCGGGCGGAGUUCAUCUUCUACUCCAUCGAUGUUCUGCAGGGGGUGGAGAUGAUCGAUCCAUCAGAGCAAUUCGACACGCCCUUACCGGCUUUGGUGCCCAUUUCCCGGGUGAGCUCGGCCAGCUUCAUCGAUUACCUGGCUGCCACGGACACGCUCUACUGGGGCGACAACGAGUUGGGCAGCAUCUCCCGCGUGAAACGCGAUGGCACCCAGAGGGAAACCAUUCUGGAGGCGCUCAACAUCGUGGGCUACAAGCAGCAGGACUGGCUGGGUGGCAUUGCCAUCGACUGGGUGGCCGGAAACAUCUACUGGAGCGACACGAAGCGGAACAUCAUCGAGGUGGCUCGUCUGGAUGGCAGCCAUCGCUACGUGGUGGUGUCCAAUCUGGAUAAGCCAACUGCCCUGGCGGUGGAUCCGCUGCAGGGAAUGCUCUUUUAUGUCACCCAGCAGCACAUCGGACGAGUUGGCUUGGAUGGCAGCCAGCCCUUCGUGUUGGUCAACCAAACGCGGCCCAACUGGGCGGUUGGCAGCCUGAUCCUGGACAUAGAGGCCACCAGGGUGUACUGGUGUGAGCGGUAUCCGGACGCCAUCAUGAAGGUGGACUACGAUGGAAACCUCAGGCAGCAGCUCCUCAAUGAGAGCCUCAACAAUCCAGUGGCGCUGGCCAAGAUGGGGGAGUAUCUGUACUGGGCGGAGAACAAGUACAACGAGGGCAUCAUCCGGGUGGCGCCUCUGGCCAAUCUCAGCCAGUCGCGGGUGGUGCUGCAGACGGAGCAGGAUGCGAUCAGGGACCUCAAGAUCUACUCCAAGCACCUCCAGCGGGGCAGCAAUCCCUGUGCCCACAGCAACGGCGGCUGCGAGCAGCUCUGCCUGUUCAACGGGACGAGCGCCAUCUGCGCCUGCGCCCACAGCAGGCUGGCCUCGGACGGAGCCAGCUGCGAGCCGUACGAGAACUUCCUGCUCUUCAGCUACCGCAGCAGCAUCGAGAGCAUCCACAUGACGGACCACAACGACAAGAACUGGCCGCUCCAGAUGAUCUCCAACACCAGCAUGAUGCGGAACGUGAUCGCGAUCAGCUACAACUACGAGGAGCAGUUGAUUUACUACUCGGACGUGCACCUGAGCACCAUCAACCAGGUGCACUUCAACGGCACCGGGCAGCGGGUGCUGCUGGGCCAGCAGGAGCGAGUGGAGGGCCUGGCCUACGACAUCGUCAACGAGCAGCUCUUCUGGACGUCGAACAACAACAACGCGGCCAUCCGGAGUGUGGAGCUGCGGCAUCUCUCCGAGCAGGCGGACCAGAACCAGAACCACGUGAAGAACGUGCUCAGUCUGCGGGAGAAGGACAAGCCGCGCGGCAUCACCGUGGAGCCGUGCCUGGGCAUGAUCUACUGGACCAACUGGAACGAGGAGUCGCCCUGCAUCCAGCGCUCCUAUCUCACCGGCUACGGCACCGAGAUGAUCAUCAAGACGGACAUCAAGAUGCCCAAUGCGUUGACCCUUGACCUGGAGCAGCACAAGCUGUACUGGGCGGACGCGCGGCUGGACAAGAUCGAGCGGACGAACUAUGACGGCAGCAACCGCGUGGUGCUGGCCCACUCCACGCCGAAGCACGCCUUCGCGAUGGCCGUCUACGGGGACCUGCUCUUCUGGACGGACUGGGUGCUCCACGCCGUGGUCCGGGCGAACAAGUACACCGGCACGGAUGUGCUCUUCCUGCGCGAGCACGUGACCCGACCCAUGAGCAUCGUGGCGGUGCAGAACAGCAGCAUCAACUGCGACGCGAAUCAGUGCAAGAUCCUCAACGGGCAGUGCGAGGACGUGUGCAUCCUGGACAAGAGCGGCCAGGCCACCUGCCACUGCACCCAGGGCGUCCUCGCUCCCGACGGCCGCCGCUGCAUCGCCCCGGUGAACACGAGCUGCGGCUCGUUGCAGUUCAACUGCCACUCCGGCGAGUGCAUACCCAUGGAGCUGACCUGCGACAACGUGACCCACUGCGCGGACGGCUCGGACGAGCUGCGCAGCUACUGCAUCUUUCGCGAGUGCCCGGACACGCACUUCAUGUGCCAGAACCACCGCUGCAUCCCCAAGGAGCACAAGUGCGACGGCCUGCAGCAGUGCGGCGAUGGCAGCGACGAGACCGCGCUGCUCUGCAAGUGCCAGCAGGACCAGUUCCGCUGCGGCAGCGGGGAGUGCAUCCCGCGCAAGUUCCUCUGCGACAACAUGAAGGACUGCCGCGACUUCAGCGACGAGAAGAUGUGCGCCCCCACGCCCUGCGAGGUGGGCGACGUCACCUUCGAGCACUGCGGCAACAGCACCAUCUGCAUCAUGCCCAGCUGGCGCUGCGACGGCGAUCCCGACUGCCCCGAUGGCACCGACGAGCUGGACUGCGCCAACCGCACCAACCUCAGCUGCGACCCCGGCCAGUUCCGCUGUGCGGCUGGGAACUGCAUCGCCGGAUCCUGGCACUGCGAUGGCGAGAAGGACUGUCCGGAUGGCAGCGACGAGCUCAACUGCCGCACCGAGUGCCGGGGGGACCAGUUCGCCUGCGGCACGGACUGCAUCCCGGCCAGCUGGCAGUGCGACGGCAAGAGCGACUGCGAGGACGGCUCGGACGAGGGGCCGCAGUGCCCCAGCCAAGCCUGCCGCCCGCACCUGUUCCAGUGCAAGAGCUCCGGCCGCUGCAUUCCCCAGAAGUGGGUGUGCGACGGCGAGAAGGACUGCCCCAGUGGCAUCGACAACGCAGGCAGCGAGGACGAGGGUCCCCAGUGCGGGGGCAUCGCCCACGUUCCCGACUGUCCGCCACCCGCUCACCUCUGCACCAGUGGUCUCUGCAUCGACUCGCACUACGUGUGCGACGGGGACGAAGACUGCCCGGGAGGCGACGACGAGUACGAGGGCUGUGUGCCGGCCUUCCUGCCCAACUCCUGUCCAGGCGGAUCGCAGAUGCAUCAGUGCCAGAACGGGCUGUGCAUAUUCAAGAACCAGACGUGCGACGGCAGGCCGGACUGCGGCGACGGUUCCGACGAGACGAGCAGCCUGUGCGCCCACACCCGCGGAUGCAACGGCACCGAUGACUUCCGCUGCAAGAACGGCGCCUGCAUCCACGCGGACUUGCUGUGCGAUCGGCGAAACGACUGCGCCGACUACUCGGACGAGGAGCUGUGCAACGUGAACGAGUGCCUUAUCCCGGACAUCUGCGAGCACGAGUGCGAGGACAAGGUGGUUGGCUACCAGUGCCACUGUCGCCCAGGCUACAAGGUCCUCCCGAAGAGUCCGCAUCUCUGCACGGACAUCGACGAGUGCGACGAGCAGCAGCCGUGCUCGCAGACCUGUGUGAACACCUAUGGAUCCUACAAGUGCCUCUGUGCGAAGGGUUACGCCCUGGUGGACCACCACACCUGCAAGGCCACCAGCAACGUGUCCAUGGAGCUGAUCUUCUCCAACCGCUACUACAUCCGCCAGGUGGACAUGGCGGGCAAUGGCAGCAUCCUGAUCAACGAGCUCUCCAAUGCGGUGGCUCUGGACUUCGACUGGGACAGCCAGUGCCUGUACUGGUCGGAUGUGACCAGCACAGUGGGCACCAUCAAGCGGCACUGUCCGAAGGAGAACAAGACGCAGACCUUGCACCAGGCCAUGCUGAAGAACCCGGAUGGGUUGGCCGUCGACUGGGUGGCCAAGAACCUGUACUGGUGCGACAAGGGAUUGGACACCAUAGAGGUGUCGCAGCUGGACGGGAAGUAUCGCCGGGUCUUGAUCAACGAGUACUUGAGGGAGCCGCGUGGCAUCGCCCUGCAUCCUUACCAGCGGCACAUCUACUGGUCGGACUGGGGCGACAGUCCGCACAUCGGCAAGGCCGGCAUGGAUGGCUCCAACCCGAAGAUGAUCAUCCGGGAAGGUCUGGGUUGGCCCAACGCCCUGACCAUCAGCUUCGAGACGCAGCAACUGUUUUGGGGCGACGCUCGGGAGGACACCAUCUCGGUGAGCGACUUGGAUGGCAACCACACGCGACUGCUGCUGGCGAGGAGCAUCAAUCCGCUGCUGAACCUGCACCACAUAUUCGCCAUCGCCGUGUGGGAGGGACGCAUCUACUGGUCGGACUGGGAGACCAAGUCCAUAGAGUACUGCAGCAUCUUCAAUAAGCACAACUGCACCACUCUGAUCACCACCAUCCACCGACCGAUGGACCUGCGGGUGUUCCAUCCCUACCGCCAGCAGCAGCCGAUGAGCGGCAAUCCCUGCCUGGCGGCCAACUGCUCCACGCUGUGCGUCCUCUCGCCGGAGGAGCCCUACUACAAGUGCAUGUGCCCCACCAACUUCAUCCUGGCCGAUGACGGACGCACCUGUCGAGCGAAUUGCACGGCGGCGCACUUCGAGUGCGUUAACACGUACAAGUGCAUUCCGUUCUACUGGCGUUGCGACACCCAGGACGACUGCGGCGACAACAGCGACGAGCCGGAGAGCUGCCCGCCCUUCCACUGCGAACCGGGUCAGUACCAGUGCGCCAACAAGAAGUGCACCCACCCGUCGAACCUCUGCGACGGCACCAACCAGUGCGGCGACGGUUCCGACGAGCUCAACUGCGACAAGUUCACCUGCUUCGACACGCACAUGAAGUGCGGAGCCACCGGCAACUCGAGCGCCUUCUGCAUCGACAACGUGAAGCGGUGCGAUGGAGUCAGGGACUGUCCCGGUGGAGAGGACGAGGCCGCCUGCACGCCGCUCGUCUGCAAGAAGGACCAGUUCCAGUGCGGCAACAACCGCUGCAUGCCGUACGUGUGGGUCUGCGACGGGGACAUCGAUUGUCCGGACAAGUCGGACGAGGCCAACUGUGAUAACGUCUCCUGCGGACCCAACGACUUCCAAUGCGAUUCUGGUCGAUGCAUUCCACUCGCCUGGCGCUGCGACGACGACCACGACUGUCCCAAUGGCGAGGACGAACCAGCCAGCUGCUUCACCUCCAAGGCCACCUGCGAUCCCACCUACUUCAAGUGCAACAACUCCAAGUGCAUUCCGGGUCGCUGGCGCUGCGACUACGAGAACGACUGCGGCGACGGCAGCGACGAGCUGAACUGCCAGAUGCGCAACUGCUCCGAGAGCGAGUUCCGCUGCGGAACGGGCAAGUGCAUCAAGCACAACUACCGCUGCGAUGGCGAGAUCCACUGCGACGACAACAGCGACGAGAUCAACUGCAACAUCACCUGCAAGGAGAAUCAGUUCAAGUGCGCCGCCUUCAACACCUGCAUCAACAAGCAGUACAAGUGCGAUGGCGACGACGACUGUCCAGAUGGGUCCGACGAAGUGAACUGCACCUGCCACGCCGACCACUUCAGCUGUGGCAACGGCAAGUGCAUCAUGUCCCGCUGGAAGUGCGACGGAUGGGACGACUGUCUCGAUGGCAGUGACGAGAGCUUCGAUACCUGCUCCAUGACCCACUGCCACGCCAACGCCUUCAAGUGCCAAAACCAGCUGUGUAUUCGGAACUCGGCGCUCUGCGACGGCGUCAACGAUUGCGGAACGAACGAGGAUGAAUGGGAUGAGGUGUGCGCGGCUUUGCCCAAGUGUAGGCACGACCAGUUCCAGUGCGAGAACGAUGACUGCAUCUCGAAGUUCUUCCGCUGCGACGGGCAGUAUAACUGCAUCGAUGGAUCCGACGAGAUGAACUGCCAGCCGCCGGUUUGUGGGUUCGGGAGCUGUUCGCAGAUCUGCAUCGAGAAGAAGGCGGGUCACUACAACUGCAAGUGCGCGGAUGGCUACCACAAGGGUCCGGAGAAGAACGCCACCUGCUUGGCGUCCGGACCGGAUCAGAUUCUUUUGCUCGCCUCGGAGCAGGAGUUCCGAUUCAUUCUGCCCGCCAAACAGGAGGGCACCACCGUGGUGGGCUUCUUCCAAACGGACAGCCUCAAGAUCGACGUGUUCGACAUUCUGAUCAGGCCAAAGGAUACGCUGCUCUUCUGGAUUGACUCACACCACGGCAAGGUGCACACCAUGAAGAUAGCCACUCCGCAUGUGGAGGGCACGGGAGUGCGGGUGCGCCGUGACCUCAAGGAGCUGACUGCAUUCAAUAUUCCUGAGCUUGAUGAUCCCAAAUCAUUAGCUGUUGACUGGAUCUCCCAGCGUGUGUACAUCAUUGAUUCGCGGCAUAAUCAAAUUCUAGCCACCGAUAUCGAGGGCAAGAAGUACAUCUCCCUUGUGUCAACGGGUAUGAAUCCCACGGACAUUGUCCUGGAGCCCGAGUCGCGCAUUAUGAUCUGGUCCACGCUGGAGAACGGCAUCUUGGUGGCCUCUCUGGACGGCAGCAACAAGAAGAGUUUGGUGGAGCGCGACGUGGGCUGGCCAAUCAGCUUGUCCAUGGACUAUCCAACUGGUCGUUUGUACUGGGCUGACUACCGCAAGGGAACCAUCGAAACGUGUCGCCUCAAUGGCAAGGAUCGCAACGUGGUGCGUCGCUUUGGAAACCGGGAGAAACCCCAGAAGAUCGACGUGUUCGAGGACUACUUGUACAUUAAGCUGUACGAUCAGAGUAUCAUCAAGAUGAACAAGUUUGGCAACGACAAUGGAACAUAUUUGCUGAAGGGUUACCGCUCCUCGGACAUCGGCAUCCUGCAUCCAAUGAAGCAGAAUAGGAACAUAAGCAAUCCCUGCGCCAAGGAUCCCUGCCGGUCCUCGCGAGCUUUAUGCAUUCUCUCCUCGGAAUCCUCCACGGGCUACAGUUGCAAGUGCCCCGAGGGCUACGCGAUGACCAACGAUGGCGUGUGCAUGGCGCACGCGGACAUCCCCGACUACUGCCCGCUGCAGUGCAACCUGGGCACCUGCAAGAUCGUGGACCACGUGCCCAAAUGCAUCUGCCAGCCGCAGUUCGAGGGCGAGCUGUGCGAGCACUACCGCUGCUCCGGCUACUGCCAGAACUACGGAGUGUGCACGGUGGCCCCGCAGCUGCCGGGAUCCCAGGAUCCGCCACCGCUGAAGUGCACCUGCACGGCGGGAUGGUCGGGUGCCCGGUGCGAGACCUCCAUGCCCGCCUGCCAGAGUCGCUGCCACAACGGUGGAUCGUGUCUGCUCUCCGAAACGGAGGGCAUGAAGUGCAGUUGCCCGAAGAUGUUCACCGGCGAACAGUGCGAGCACUGCAAGAAUCUCACCUGUGAGAACGGCGGCAUUUGCCGGAAAACGCUGACGGGAACGCCGCAAUGCGAGUGUCCCGAUGGAUUUACGGGCAAGCGAUGCGAGAUCGACGAGUGCGCCGACUUUUGCAAGAACGGCGGGUCCUGUGUGAUCGGAACCAAGGGUCAGCGGCAGUGCAAGUGCCCCAGCGGCUUCUUCGGCGAGCACUGCGAAUCGAGUUCUUGCCGGGACUUCUGCCAGAACGGAGGAACCUGCUUGGAGCGCGGUGGCCACCUGAGUUGCACCUGCCCGCCCCGUUUCAUCGGCGAGAGCUGCGAGUCGGAUCUGUGCAAGACCUCCAGUCCGCCGCACUUCUGCGAGAAUGCCAAGGUGCCCACCAGAGAUCCCUGCACCCUGAUUAUCUGCCAGAACGCGGGAACAUGCCAUGUCAUCAAGGGAGUGGCGCUGUGCAACUGCACGGAUCAGUGGAACGGCGACUUCUGCACGCUGCCCGUUCUGGACGACAAUCCCUGCGUGCGGUUCUGUGCGAACGGAGGCGUCUGCCACCUGGACGAGUACAUUCGUCCGCACUGCAGCUGCAUCGGCGAGUGGCAGGGAAAUGCCUGCGAACUCCCACCUCGAUGCGUCGGAGGAGAGUGCAACGUGUGUCGGCCGGGCAGCUCCAUCAACGAGUGCCUGUGCGACAAGGACAAGGUGGUGCCGUGCCUCGUGGACAGCGCCGAUGCCCUGAAGGGCGAGCAGGAGCAAACGGAGUCGGGCGGAGUGCUCUCCAUCUUGGCCGUCAUCUUGGCUGUGAUCCUACUGGUGCUAAUCCUGUUCGCCGGUGCUGUUUACUUCCUCAAGAAACAUCGCAUAGCUCAGCCAUUCUCCCAUGCUCGACUGACAGACAAUGUGGAGAUCAUGCUCACCAAUGCCAUGUACCGCGGUGAUGCAGAUGAGGCGCCCACUUUCGCCAGUGAAGACGAUAAGGGUAACUUUGCCAAUCCCGUGUACGAAUCGAUGUACGCGGAUGCCAUUCCGGAGCCGGUGAGCACGGAAAUAGCGCACAGCACGGCUCCCGACGAGCGGAAGGGACUGCUGCAGCACACGCACGACGAGAACCACACGCCGGACAUCCUCUGAUGAUUGACCCGCUGCGAGGGGGAGCUGUACUAGGCGCAGUCAGCCGAGGAGACAUCCACAUCCCAACACUCAAUAACGAUUUGAACUCGAACAAUGGACUGAUAGCGUAGCCCUAUAACGAAUUUUUGUAAACGUUUGUGUACAUUUUUUUUUCCUUCUAUUAUUUUUGAUAUUAUUUUAAUUUUUGGGUCGACCUCGGCCCUCAUCCAAAGAGCUCUAACUCGGGCAGCCUUGCUCCCUUUGUUAUGUCCCUAAUGAUGUCCUUAUAACCCAAUAAUCGGGAAAUCUUCUUGUCAUUUGUUUACACGUUUUACUAGCAAUGCGCCUUUUGAUAAAUGAAUUUUUAAUAUACGUGAAUGUGUGUAUAUCCGUAACGUAUUGAGGAUCUGUAAAUUUAGUAGUUGGUAGAUUUAGUUAAAGCUCGCGAGCUAAAGAGGAACGUUGUACAUAUUUUAUACAUUUAUUGCCCACAAGCAGCCUAGUUAACAUUUAAACGGAAAACCAUUCGAGCAGUCACUAUUAAUUUGCCAAUUAGUGAACGCGAGCGAAGUCGAAUUCGUCUUUUGAGAUUGACCAAAUAUGCAUUUAAAUUAAUUUAGUCUUCACAAUGCCAGGACGAACAAGAGCCAGCACAAACAGAAUAUAAAAAUCAAGAAACGAAACGCUUAGGAAUAAUUGCAUCACCACAUAUUUUACACCACAAUUAGAAUACUUAUGUCUACAUACAUGUAGCAUUAUUUAGUUGCACGAUUUUCGAAUCAAUCGACAUAAAAACGAAAGAGAUUUCCUGUAUAAAAUAAUGCUCAGAUAAAAGCCAAAUUUUAACAAUUAUACAAUGUAAAAAACUAUAUUUAUACAGAUAAUAAUGUAUGUAAUUAAUUAAGCAUAACUAACGCGCGACAGAUAACGCACAGCAAAAGAAAACUCUGUAAAAACAUAAUAAAUAUGAAUUAAUUCGCAAUAAAUAGCUCUA